CCCACCAUGACACAGCGCCCGCAUUUAGACCAAUCAGCGUGAAGAACCAUCGGCCGCACGCAGUCUGCCCUGCAAUCGUAAAUCUGGUCAACAGAGAAAAAGGCACAUCUUUGUAGCGACACAGUCUACAUACGAGGCGUUUUGCAUAAAUGCAAAGUUAUACAAUAACAGAGACCGAAAUCGGAGACACCGCUGUGCACGCGAGGGCUGGGGCAAGCUUAUAAGAGCAGCUCAUUGUAAAGCGACAGGCUUCUCUCCUCAGUCCUGGGGCAGAAUUAGAGAAAUGGCACAGAAGACAGCACUGAUUGUUUAUGCCCACCAGAGUCCCGCUUCAUUCAACGCUGCUGCACGGGAUGUAGCGGUUCAGGCUCUGACAAAGCAAGGCUACAAAGUCCUAGUCUCGGAUCUGUAUGCUAUGAACUUCAAAGCCUCCGCGACUGCAGAGGAUAUUAAGGGUGACGUGAAGAAUCCUGAGCACUUUAUAUACAAUGAGGAGAUGAUGCUCGCAUGGCAGGAUGGUCAUUUAAGUGAUGAUAUUGCAGAAGAGCAGCACAAGUUGGAGCAGGCAGAGCUCGUUAUCUUUCAGUUCCCUCUCUACUGGUUUAGCAUACCUGCUAUCAUGAAGGGCUGGAUAGACAGAGUCUUAACUCAAGGAUUUGCCUUCACCAUGCAGAAGUUGUAUGAUAACGGCGUUUUCAAGGAUAAGAAGGCCAUACUUUCAUUCACCACUGGGGGAAUAGAGUCCAUGUAUAAGCCAGAUGGCCUCCAUGGAGACGUCAACGUUGCCCUCUGGCCUUUACAGAAUGGAGUGCUGCGUUUCUGUGGCUUUCAGGUCCUCGUCCCCCAGAUCUUCUGGUGUCCAGCACACACGCCUCCAGAUGGCAGAAACGCCAUGUUAGAAGCAUGGAGGGAAAGGCUGAGUGGUGUAUUUGCCGAAAAGCCUCUUUCAUUUGCGCCGACCAAAUACUUUGACCUUACCUUCCAAGGAGGAUUUUGCCUACGGCCGGAGGUGAAGGAAAAGUAUGCCUCUGAGUCCUAUGGCAUUACCACUGCACAGCAUUUAGGCAAACCGCUUCCUCCAGACAACCAGCUCAAAGCUAAACAAAGCUAAAGGAUCCAGUCACGCAAGUCAAUCAUCCAAGGAAUUUAUCGAAUGAAGGAAUUUUAGGUCAAAUGCGUUUAAUAUAAAAUUAUUCUAAUUACAGCAUCCAGCCUUAUAACCAUAACCAACAUUUACCUACCAGCAAUAAGCUUGAAAGAAAUUAAUGUUACUAUUUAAAUAUUAAUCAAGAAAUCUCGCAUUAUUAAUAUCUUAGUAUUUUUUCAUAGCCAUACUUACAUUGGUGUAAUGUUUAUCAAAUUAUUUAAUGAUGCUAUUUUGUGGAUGUGGAUUUUAUAUGAUAGGCUGUAUAUGGAUAUUACAAUUUGUGAAACUCAUUCUCAUGUACAAGGUGCAAUAAAAAAAUAAAAAAAUAAAUAUAUGACACUACUA